GUCAACCGUCACCGCUACUAAUCAUGAAGUGCAUCAUCGCCGUCGCUACCGUGCUGUUGCUGGCAAUCGGUUCGUCCCAAGCUGACUACCACGCGAAGGGUUAUGGCAAACCGGCCGCACACUACGGAGGUGGCCACGGAGGACAUCAUGUGCCGUGUGGAUCGAAUCUGCUGCUGAGCUGUCACCCCAACGUUGCCCAGGUGCCCUGCGUACCGGCUCACGGUGGACACCACGAGUAUCAUCACGCUGCACCGGCCGCUCAUCAUGCUGCACCGGCUUACCACCACGCACCGGCCCCGGCACCAGCAUACCAUCAUGCCCCGGCUCCAGUGUACCAUCAUGCACCGGCACCCGCCAAGUACUAG